AUGCUGAAGAAUAUUUUCAACAAGUUCAAACAAAUAAGGUAAGCCCAUAAUGAUGCAAAAUUUAAUAGAAAAUUAGUGGGUACAGAUAGAAGCGGAAAUAAGUACUACCAAUACUUUGAUGAAGAAGGGUAUGAAACUAAAAGAGAAUGUGAAUAUUUAAAUGUUUUUGAUCAGAAUCAUGUGAAUAGAAUAGAUCCAGCUUGGGAAGAUUGGUUGAGAAAGAAAAGAUUAGAUCCUUUUACUGAAGAAGAAAUGGAAAAAAUUUAUAGAUACACUGAUAAUCUAAGAAAAAAAGGUAUUUCAGCUGAUAAAUAUGAAUAAGAAAUGAUGAAAACUUUUCGUAGAACUGAUAAAUAUAAUGCUGCAGAAAAAAAAGACUUCCAACCUGAACACUGGGAUUUUGAUUAGAAAAACAAUAAAUGA